UCCCGGUAGGAUGCAGAUCCCUGCCCCCGGAGCGGGCGCUGCUGCCGGGGAGGCGGGCGGGAGGCGGGCCGGUGACUCAUGGCUUCCCACCGGCGGCGGCUCCUCCCCGCGGCCGCCGGCCCCGCGCAGCCCCCGGCACAUGGGCCGCGGCUCCGGCAACGCGGAGCUGGCCAUGGCCGCAGCGCCCGUCCGCUGCCCCGACUGCCCGGGGCCGGAGCGGGGGGGCGGCGGCGGGACCCCCCCGGUGCCACACCUUGCCAUUGCGGUGGACGAGGGGGACGUGCUGCCCGGGGCGCUGCGGAUCGUGCGGCAGCUCAGACCCGCCUGGGAGCCGGCCACGGUGAAGACCAAGCUCUUCACCGACGGCAUCACCAACAAGCUGGUGGCGUGCUACCGUGACGAGGCCAUGGGGGACGCGCUGCUGGUGCGCGUCUACGGCCGCAGGACCGAGCUGCUGGUGGACAGGGAGACGGAGCUCAGGAACUUCCAGGUGCUGCGAGCCCACGGCUGCGCCCCCGACCUCUACUGCGCCUUCCAGAACGGGCUGUGCUACCAAUUCCUGCCCGGAACCGCGCUGGGGCCGCAGCACGUGCGCGACCCCCACAUCUUCAGGCUGGUGGCCCGGGAGAUGGCUCGAGUCCACGCCAUCCACGCCAACGGGAGCCUGCCCAGACCCAUCCUGUGGCAGAAGCUGCACAAAUACCUCAGCCUGGUGAAGACAGAGCUCAGCCCAAAGGUAUCCGAGCCCAGGCUCCCUGAGGACGUGCCCAGCCCCGAGGCGCUGCAGCAGGAGCUGCUCUGGAUGCAGGAGACGCUGUCGCAGCUGGGCUCGCCCGUGGUGCUGUGCCACAACGACCUCCUGUGCAAGAACAUCAUCUACGACAGCUCACGGGGGCGCGUUCGCUUCAUUGAUUACGAGUACACGGGGUACAACUACCAAGCGUUCGACAUCGGCAACCACUUCAACGAGUUCGCAGGUGUGAAGGAGGUGGAUUAUGGCCUCUACCCCAGCAAGGAGAUGCAGCUGCAGUGGCUGCACUCCUACCUGCAGGCCUACAAGGAGCUCACCCAGGGACACCCAGGGGACGCCCAGGUGGCCGAGGAGGAGCUGGAAAAUCUCUACGUGCAAGUGAACAAAUUCUCCUUGGCCUCCCAUUUCCUCUGGGCGUGCUGGGGCCUGAUCCAGGAUAAAUACUCGACCAUAGACUUUAAUUUCUUAAGAUAUGCAAAGCUAAGGUUUAAACAAUACUUCAAGAUGAAGCCGGUGGUCUCAGCCCUGCAGGUCCCCAAAUAGGCGCCACCCCGAGCUCUUCUGUCCCGGCCGUGUCCUCGCAGCCCCCUCACCCCUCCAGGGGCUGGGGCAGCUCCUGUGCUGGCAAGGGGGCCAAGAGGAGCCCUGACCCGGCCGGCACCGCCUCCAGGAGAGCCUGGACACCCCCACGACAGGACCACGAGAUGCUGGAGAGGACCACGCAGCCUCAGCGUCGCCUUAAAGCCGAGCCCGGCGCCCGGCGCUCCGUGCCCUGCCCGCACUGUUCCCGGGCUGGCACCGCCCCGCUGUCCCCACGCUGUCCCCGAGGGGGGACAGGGGGUCACCCCGUCCGCUCAGGAGCUCCCAGAGCUGUCCCAACACUUGGCUGUGCCCUCUGUCCCCUCCUGCCCUGCUGGCUGCCACCCCCUCCAGCAGCACCGGGACCCUUUUCCAUGGGGGGUGGGAGCUCAGGGCACUGAGCCACGAGGGUCUGGCACCAGUGGGGGGCUGCUGGUGGGCACUGGGUGUCCCCACAGCUGUCCCUGGGUGUCCCCACAGCUGUUCCUGCCUGUCCUCACUGUCCCCUUUCGCUUGGUGGCUUCCCCUCCUUUCCCCCCAGCUCUGCCUUCGCCCUCUCCCCCAGGGUCAGGGGGGUCCAGGAGGGUCCAGGAGGGUCCAGGGGGUCAGUCCUGACUGUCCCCACCUCUGUCCUCCUCCCUUGGCCGUGUCCCCACCCCAGGAGGAGCUGCCCAAUUCCAGGACAGGGCACAGCCUCACCCCCCUGCCCUGCUGAGCCCCGUCCAGCUCAAUCAGAGCCCUGUCCUGGCUGUGGGGACAAGGUGACUGUCCCCUGUCUGGGCACAGGGACCUCCCCCAGAGCUCUGUGUCCCCGUCCUGGCUGUGGGGACGAGGUGACUGUCCCCUGUCUGGGCACAGGGACCUCCCCAGCCGGACCCAGGGCUGCUGCUGACAGCUGGAAUUUGGGGGUGGCGGAUCUGGGGGGGUUGUGCUGGAGCAGGGGCAGCACCCUCAGGGUCUGGGGAUGCUCCUGUCCCUUCUGGACCUGGAGAUGUCCCCACCCAAGCCCAGUGUGGUGAAGGCCAGGCCCUGCUCUCUGCUCCAAAAAGUCACUUUUAUUGUGCCAAGGGACAGGGGGAGGAACGAUUGUAAACAGGGAUGUGAAUUAUACAGGUUAAGUUACUCGUCGUCUUAUUAACAAAAUAAAGCUCUAUCUAUAUUUA